AUGUGCCAUUUUUUAUCAUCCUUUUUUCGAAGUCUUACUCGAGUAACCGAUGUUCAACAAGAAAAAUUUUUCAAUUCAAUCAAUCAAAUUGUUAUCAAUACACCGAGUGUAUUCGUUACAGAUGCUGAUAAACAACAGACACUUGAAGAUAUUCGAAUAACAAAUUCUUAUUAUUUCGACGUUUAUAUAGUCUCAUUACUUGUUUGGACACUAUCAUCAAAAAAAUUCACUUCAAUACAGGAAAAUACGAUUGCUGUACUGGCGAAUCUCUAUGGUGAAUUAUCACUACGUUGGCCUGUUCUCUUUCGAAUAUUUACCAAUGAACUGAUCGAUACUCUAAAUGAUACAAUCAAAUAUGAUAUUGAAUUUAUCGAAGAAGAAAUUCAUCAACCGAAACAACUUCAUCGUUUUCUUGUACCUGAGCAAGUUGCUUCAUCAUUUUCAACAAAUGUUACCAUAGAACGAUGUGUUAUUGAAUUUAACUGUUCCGAUGAUAUUAGUAGCUUUCAAAUAAAUCUUAUUGCAGUACUUCGACAUUUGUCGAGUACAUUGUCGACAUUACUUGAUCGGCAAACAAUUUCGACUUUAAUUGGAACAUUAUGUGAAUUGUUACGUACUGCUGAUAUACAUGUGAAAUCGGCCACAUUUUCAUUUUUUUCAAAUUUUAUUCAAAAUCGUUCAUUGGGAUUAUUGAUUGGUGAUUUAAAACCCUAUGUUCAUUUUUCAAGCUCAGAUAUUCUUUUAUCAAUUAUGAAUUUUAUUCAUACAGAACCAAAACAUUCUGUUCAGUUGGAAAAUGAUUUUUCUCAUUUUCUUAAAACCGUAUGUCAAAAUCACGAUGAAGCAAUCGUGUUUUUUGCUGAACAUAUUGGCUUUGUUAUACCUCGUUUAAAAGAUUUACUCAUUCAUGUCAGUAUAGCAAGUAAAGCAGAUGUUGAAUUUCACAUGAAUAAUAGGCCAUUAAGAUAUUUUGGUGAAGUUCAAACAGAAAUUUAUCUAGAACAAUUUUGUAUAUGGUUAUCAAUUUUAUUUGAAUGUGGACAACAAGAUAUUGGCACUAGCUCAUUAUUAGUUAUACAUGCAUUUGAAAUAGUUGAACAUUUAUUGGCAAACAUUGAUGAAUGUCUAUUAGCAAAAUAUUUGAAUCAUGCAUUAGGAAAAGUUAUUAUUUGGUUGAUACAAGAAAAAAGUCGAAAUUCGCAAGUACCAUUUCGUAUACGACGAAUACGAUUGUUAAAAACUAUAUGGCAACAUUUGAAAAUGGCACUUGAAAAAAGUGCAUUCAAUAAUGAAGAGGAUGCUUUGCAACGUAUUUUUAAUGUUUAUUUUUUAAUAACGUCUGUUUGCCAAGCAUAUAUCGGAUGUCAAGUACGUCAGAUUAAAUUAGGAUCCAUAGAAGAAAAUGAUUUUUAUUUAUCUUGGUUAACUAUCGAUGAAAUCAGUUCGAUUUAUGGUUAUCUCGUCAGUACACUGGUUUAUCUUGUUAAUAGUGUUACUGUUGGAUUAUUUUCUAUUGCUUAUGAAUACGUUUUAGCUACAAUAGUUGCAACAUCAAUUUAUAUCUCUGAUGAGUUAGAUAUACGUUUACGUGAAGAUACACUAUCGAUAUUAUGUCUCUCUUGGUUGUCGUCUCUUACUGACUGGCACGAUUUUCAACCGACAACAAACACAUGUAAAAUAACUAAACAGCUUGCUCAAACGUUUCAAUCGAAAUUCAAUCAACAUGAUCGAUUAAUAUCUUUAAAAUGUUUAGCAUUAUUUGAUGCACAAUUUUAUCCUAGACUUCGCCUUCAUAUAUUUUCUUCGUGCCUUAAUGACAAGGAUACGAAUACACAAUUAAUGGCACUCAAAGUAUUACCAUUCAUGCAAUAUAAUUUACAAACAACAUCGUUUCUGCCAACAUUUUAUACGAAAUACUGUUCUAAAGAUAUUGAUGAUCGAUUUAAACCGAUAGUGAUGAAUGUUUGGCGUAUGCAUCGAUGUUUAUUUGAUAUUAAUGCAAAUACUGUUAAAAUUAAAAUUCACAAUCAUUUUAAUCAAUCAAUUAUCGAUUCAUUCGAACUUCUUUGUACAUCAUGUUCAUCACUCGAAAACAAUGUUUACAUUCGUAGUCGAUCAUCAACAACUUGUACGAAUUCAACAUCAUUUUCUCUAUCAAAUAUACUUCCCAUAUUUUAUUUAUUUACUCAAACAUCAAUUCCAUGUAAUUAUGUUGGUCUCGUUGAAUUUUUUCAAACGUUCGAUUCUCAUCCAUCGUUUAUUCGCCCUGCCAAUGAUCAUGAUGAAAAUUUUCUUCAAUUGAAACAUCUAUUUAAUACUUAUCUCAAUCAAAAUAAUCAAGAACGCCUAUGUCUAUUGUCUAUCAUGCCAUAUCUAUUUAAGACCAUUUUAAUUUCUCAUAAUCGGCAAUGGGAAAAUUCAGUCAAUGAUAAUCUUGAUCAAUUUCUAUUCGAUACAUUAACACAAUUAAAUAACGAUGCUAUUCGACAAACAACAAAUCAUCACGAUGAUGAUUACAGUCGUUUAAUACAUCUAUGCGGUUUAAUUGCUCGUCGUACAUGCAACGAAGAUAUAUUUGUUUUUGUUCUAUUUAUUUUAAUCAAUGGUUUAGCAACAUCAUUUCAACAUACAUCACAAAUCGAAUUAAUGAACAUAGCCAAAGAUGAAUAUUUACAAAAUCACAAUAAUAAUAUUAAAUUAACUAAAAAUAAAAAUCUUGUAACGAUGAAUGAAAAAAUUGAUUUAACAUCUAUUGUACAACAACAUACAGAUAGUUUAUAUCGUCUUAUAGCACAAUCAUUAUUACUGAAUUCUGAACAACCAUCGGAUAUUUGUCUACGUCAUUUGCAUUUAUUAUUUAGUAUGAUGCAACAAAAUGGAAGUUCGUUUAAUACAUAUUUAAAACGUAUUCUACCUGAUUUAUUACCGUGGAUUGUCGAGGAACGUUCAUUAAAUGCAAGUCGAGUUGUGCAACAUAUUCGAACAGCUGUAAAAAUGUCGAAGAAAAAAGUUAUUUUCGAUGCAUUUCCAGCUAUUUAUUCACAUGUAUGGAGACAUGUACGACUGGAAAAUAGUCAAAAUCCCAAUGGAGAUUAUGCGAUUAGUCGUGUUUAUGAAGUUAAUGAAUUUAUUGAACAAGAAGCUGGUGCUGAUUUAGCUGCUGUUUUUCGUUUUGGUGGCCCACCUAUAUUUAGUAAAUUGUUACUUUACAUUAGUACACAUCCGGAACAUGUUAUGAAAGGUUUACAGAUGGCUGUCGGUAUAUUAGAUGGAAUAUUGUUGACAGUAGAAAAAGAUUAUUCAAAUGUUGUCAAAGUAGAACAUGUUAAUAAGGCAUUGCAAUCGAAAUUAUUAGGAAUUUUAUGUGAUUUUGAAACCGAAUUAUUAUCGAAUAGUACACCGUUACAUUCGAAAAAACGAGUACUAUUAAGUUUAACAGAAGUAUUGAAAAUUAUGGAACCAUCUCAAAUCGUUGCAACACGUGUAAAACUUCUUCGGUCGCUUCGUCUCGCUCUUCAAUGUUCGUCUGAAUUAAGUUUAAUAGUAUUUAAUCUUUGGAAACAAUUCAUUCACCAUCUCAGUACGAAUGUUGACAUUCUUUCGUCAAUGAUGUUACAACUGAUUGCAUCAUUAUUACCAUUUCAUGAAAUUAAUUUUGAACAUUUUGAAGAACUAGUACUCCUUAUGUUGAGUAAUAUUUCAAAUAGUCAAAUAGCUGCUAUCGCUGACGAUUUAUUGCUUAUUCCACAAUUAAAUCAAAUGGACAACAUUCGAACUAAGUUAAAUAAAUGUAAAAAACUGCAUACAACAGAAGUUACUGAUAAUCAAACCAAAGUUAAAAACGAUGAACGUACAUUAUUAGAAAAUAAAUUUCAACGUCUUAUCACACUGCUAAACUUUGACAUGGUCGAUAUACGUUUACAUGCAUUAAAUAGCUUAGAAAAUCUAUUAAAAACUAAUCGUCCAUAUUUGUUACAGAUGUGUUUAUCACGUGAUACCGUUCCGCCAAUAAUAACUCGUCUUAUAUUAACAUUGCUUGAACGGUGUAAUGAUACAAAUCAGAAUAUACGUUUUAUUGCGAUUAAUUCUCUUGGAGAAAUUGGAGCUAUUGAUCCUGGACGAAUAGAAUUUCGUAAAUUGUAUUCGAAAAUAGCAACAUCAACAUCAUUAAUUAAUCGUUUAUUAUCGAAUUCGAAUUCCGAAAUUAAUACUGAUGAUUUAAAACGUUGCUAUUUUAAGUUAUAUUCACAAGAAUUUGCAUUAGAAUUAUUCGCUGAAUUAACACGAGCUUUUCUUGCUGCUGAUCAAGUACGACAACAAGAUACAAUAUCCUAUGCAAUACAAGAAUGUUUGAAAUUUUAUAAUUUAAAUCUAUCGGAUGAUAAUGAAAAAGUUAAAGUUAAUCAAGAAUUAUGGGCAAAAUUAAAUCAAGAACAACAAGAUUUAUUUAAACCGUUACGUACAUCAAAGUAUGUUUUAACCGAUGAAACAAAUUUAAAGACGAGUCGAUCACAAGAAGCAAUUUUAAAACAGUUAACUGUAAAAACAUACGAACAAUGGUUAACACAAUAUGUACCUUAUUUAAUUCAACAUUUACCAAAUAAUAAUUAUUAUCAUUUAUUUCAUUCUUGUUUAUUUGCUGUUCGAUUUAAUAGCUCUAUUGGCUCAUUUUUAUUGCCCUAUGUAAUACUUCAUUUAAUUGGUGAAAAUCUUGGUCAAGAUGUAUUAGAUAGAGAAAUUAAAGCAUUAAUUUUCUAUAGUAAUCAAUAUGACACCAAUGAAAUAAAUCCGUCGUCUGAUGUUCUCCAUCAAAUUGGUCAAAGCAUAUUUACGUUAAUCGAUUUCCUUCUUCUAUUCUCAUCAUUAAACAAUAUAGAUCCAAAUGAACAAGCGAAACAAGUAAAUCAACGUAAACGACAGCCUGCACAGCUUGCACAGCAACAGCAAGUUCCUCAGCAAUUAAAUCCUGACCCAUUAAAUAUUCAUGAUGGUACUUGGAAUAAUUUAGGCAUAACACGAAUACGUGACUAUAUCCGUUUGCUACAUACUGAUCUUUCACUGGCUCGUAUUGCAUUCAAAUAUGAUCAUUAUACACGUGCCUAUCGCCAUUUUGAAAUGUAUUCAUCAAUUGAACAGCAAAUCAAUAUUACACACAAUAGUGAAUUUCUUUUAAAAUUAUUUCAUCGUUUAAAUGAUCAAGAUUCUGCUUAUGGUAUAAUCGCUAUACGCGAUAUGAAGCCAAAACAAUCCGAUCAUACGCGAACAGAUAUGUACGAAGAAAUUUUAUCCUAUGAAUUAACUGGACAAAUUGAUGAAGCUAUUGUUGCAUAUGAAAACGUCCUCGAAAUGAACGAAUUAAAUCAAGCAAAUCUACAUUUAUAUUUAGGUUAUUUAAAUAAUUUAUUAACUCAACAACAAUUUCAACAUACAAUUGAUCAAGCAACUGGCAUUAUUGUUCAAUAUCCAACAUGGACGAAUAUGUUAAAUCCUUUACGUAUUGAAGCGGCAUGGAAAUUAUCAAAAUGGAAUUUAUUAGAAAAAUUCUGUUCUCAUCAAAAAGAAAAUAUUGAUUUAAGUCACAAUGAACAACGAAAUGAAAGUUCAAAAAUGAAUAUUUUACAUGAUUUAAAUGUUUCAAAACAAUUCGAAGAAUACGUCGGCAAAAUUUUAUGUCAAGCCAAAAAACAAAACCGAGAAGAAUUCUAUUCUGAAUUUCGUCUAGCAUUAAAUUCAUUAAUGGGACCCAUAUCAGCAGCUAGUAUGGAAGUUGGCUCAUAUCAACGUGCAUACGAUUAUCUAGCUAAAUUACAUCUCCUCAAAGAUCUUGAAUAUUAUAUUGUAAAAAAUAUCUUUCACAACGAUCAUUCGAUUAUGAUUAUUGAUAAUGAUAGUAUUGAUGAUGUAUGGUCACAACGACACGCUUUAUUACCACCAAAUAGUAAAUUUAUUGAGCCAUCAUUAGCAUUACGACGGACUCUUCUUCUGUUGGAUGAUAUCGAUCAUAGUAAACAGCAUGCAUUAGAAAUUGGUGAAUGCUGGCUACAUAGUGCUCGUAUAGCACGUGCACAAAAUAAUUCAUUGGCAGCUAUUGGAUCUUUAAUGAAAGCAAAUCAAUCACAUCCAAUUGAAGUAGCAAUUGAACGUGCACAAUGGAUGUGGGAUAAAGGAGAAAAAGAUCGAGCUAUUAUGAGUUUAAAACAGAAGAAAAUUGAAUUACUGGAAUCAAAGACAAUCAAUGAAGGAAAUCUUAAUGAAAAUCGAUUACAAGUUUCAGCUGAUUUGAAAGCACAAGUAUGGUUAUUAUUAGCUCGUUAUAGUGAACAAAAUUCUCCUCAUGAAGCUGUUUUUGAAAUGUAUAAACAAUCUCAAGAAGCAGCGCCACAUUGGGAAGAAACACAUUUUUAUUUAGCACAAUUUUACGAUACAUUACUUUCAUCGUGUAUCGAAUCUGAUCCAACAUCAUCAAAUUCUAAUUCAACAACAACAACAAAUAAUUUUCUAUCGUCUACAGGACUUUCGUUAGAAAAUAAAUUACGUAUGAUGGAAUAUAUUCGUUUAGCUGUCAAUACCUAUUGUCGUUCACUGAAAUAUGGCUGUGAUUUUAUUUAUCAAUCAUUAACACGUUUAUUAACGAUGUGGCUUGAUUUUGCCUCUGAUCUUGCACCGUUCAUUAAACCUGUUCCAGCACCAACAGCAACCACACGCAAGCAACAACCAUCAACAGCUCCAACAACUAAUUUACCUGAUGCUGCACAAAUUAAACAACAUGGCCAUGCAAAAUUGUCUGAAAUCACUCGUGAAGUUUCAUCAUGGACGACACGUAUACCACCUUAUCUAUUUCUAGCUGCUUUUCCCUAUAUGGUUUCACGUAUAUGUCAUAGUGAAGAUAUGACAUCGAAAGCUUUAAAUGCAAUAAUAACACAAGUAUUUGCUGCUUUUCCUCAACAAACAUUAUGGAUGAUGAUUAAUUUGUAUGGUUCAUCGAAUAGUAUGCGACGUGAUCGUUGUAUUGCUAUUUGGAAUGAAGCUUCAAAUAUUGAGCCUGGCUUACAUGAUUUUGUCGUUGAAGCCACAAUACUCAUCAAACAACUUGAUACAUUAUGUAUGCAUGCUGUUGCCUAUGGACAAAAUAAGAUAAGUUUAUCCGCACAUUUUAAAUCGUUCAAACGUUACUAUGCUAAUCAAUCAGCAUGUCCUAUACUAAUACCAAUUCAAUCACAAAUGCAAGUUUGUUUACCACCACCACCAGUAAGAUUUUCUCUAUCGACAACAUCAGCACACCUUCAACAACAAACAAACAAUGAUCUUCCUACAGGAUCAACAGUGAAAUUGUCAGCUAUGGUAAAUAAACAAGGUGCAUUAGGAAGAACAGCGAAUAAAAAAGCUGCACAAGCUGGAUUAACAACAACGGGAAUCAAUAAAAUGCCACCAAAAAAUUAUUACGAUGCACGACAUCAACCAUUUCCUGAUGCUGUUGUCACCAUACAUAGUUUCGAAGAUACGAUUGACGUAUUAUCAUCAUUACAAAGACCAAAAAAAAUUGUUAUACGUGGUAGUGAUGGACAAUUAUAUCCAUUUCUAUGUAAAUCUCAAGAUGAUCUUCGUGUUGAUUCACGUUGCCUAGAUUUUUGUCAUUUAUUUAAUAAAUGUUUAAAAAAGAAUAGUGAAACACGUCGUCGUCAAUUGAAUAUUCGUACCUAUGCUGUUUAUCCAAUAAAUGAACGUUGUGGAUUAAUUGAAUGGCUACCUAAUUUAUGUACAUUUCGUUCAUUAGUAACAAAAUUCUAUCGUCAACGUAGUUCAAAUUUUUCGGAAGUAUCCAAUCGAGAAAUAAAAGUUUAUGGAAAUAGUAAAGAUAAAUCAAAAGAAGCUCGUUUCAAUGAUUUCGUCAAACUGUUAGCUUUUCAUCAACCAGCUGUAUUUCAUCAAUAUUUUUUUGCUGCCUAUCCUGAUCCGAAUCGUUGGUAUAUAAGUCGAAUGAAUUUCGUUCGUUCAACGGCUGUUAUGUCAAUGAUUGGUUAUAUAAUGGGUUUAGGUGAUCGACAUUGUGAAAAUAUUCUCAUUGAUACAUGUACAGGUGAAACCGUUCACGUUGAUUUCAAUUGUUUAUUUAAUAAAGGAUUAACAUUUGAAAUACCGGAAAAGGUUCCGUUUCGUUUAACACAUAAUGUUGUUGAUGGUAUGGGUACUUUAGGUGUCGAAGGUGUAUUUCGUAAAACAUGUGAAAUUAUUUUACAUUUAAUACGAGAUGAACGUGAAUUACUUGUAUCAGUAUUGAAAACAUUUAUCUAUGAUCCAUUAGUCGAAUGGAAAUCAGCAACACGAGAAGAAGUUGCGAAUAUGAAAAAACAACAAAUUGAAGGUGGAGAAGUUGUGAAUAUGAAGGCCCAAACACAUGUGAGAAAUAUAUUAGAACGUGUACGAGGCUAUUGUACAGAUGAAUUAACAGGAAAACGUGUUGUAUUACCAUUAUCAGUUGAAGGACAGGUUGAUCAUUUGAUUCAACAAGCAACAAGCAAUGAAUUAUUAUGUCAGAUGUUCAUCGGUUGGGCGGCUUAUUUGUGA